AUGGAUAAGCAAAUUACUGGUAUAAAAAAGAGGAAAAGAAAUCGAGAGUUUGUGUUAUCAUGUAAUGAUGAUGAUGAUGAUGUUAAUUAUAUAGAUACAGGGAAAAAGACCAAUGGCUGUAUAAAUAAAGUCGAUAAGAAAUUAUUGAAUCAAAAGGAUUUAUAUCAAAUAAAGAAAGUAUAUGAUACAAGAAAUAAGUCUUUUUUAAAAAAUAAUGAAAUAAAUUAUAGAAAUAUUGAAGAAGACAAUUAUACAUAUAUAGAAAAUAUAUUUGAUGAAGAAGAAUUUGAAGAAUGGAAAAAUGGUAAAAAAAAAAAUGACGACAGUGAACAGGCAAAUGAUGUAUUUUAUGAUCCCAUAAGAGGCAAUAUAAAUGAUAUGACAAAUGAUAUGACAAAUGAUAUGACAAAUGAUAUGACAAAUGAUAUGAUAAAUGAUAUGACAAAUGAUAUGACAAAUGAUAUAACAAAUGAUAUAACAAAUGAUAUAACAAAUGAUAUAACAAAUGAUAUAACGAACGAAGAUGAAUUAAUUGAUAUUUCGAAUAAUAAAUAUAAGAAAUCAAUAUAUAAAAGGGGUAUAGACGGUACUAAUAUGAAUAGUAAAAAAAGCGUGUCUAUGUUUUCUGAAUAUAAAGGGAAAUGUGUAGUACAUAAUGAAUUAAAUAAUAUACAAAAUGAGCAGAAUAAUGUAAAUAAUUUUGAAAGGGUCCUUGGAAACCUACCGCUAAGACAACUUAUGAGUAACAUUUCUAAUGGUAAUAAUAAUGAUAAUAAUAAUAAUAUUAUUAAUAAUAAAAAUAACAACAAUAAUAUUAAUAACAAUAAUAAUAUUAAUAACAAUAAUAUUAAUAAUAAUUGUUCUUAUAAUUCUGAUGAUGAAAAUAUAUAUAAACGAAUUAAAAAAAUACCAGAAAUCAAUACAACUAUGGAAGAAAUGACAAAUCCCAUGCUGUUUUUUGAAAAGUAUAAUUAUAUGGGAUUAAAAUAUGGAGCCUUAAAAGUAAUACCUCCUAAUUUUUUUUCGCCACAAUUUAAUUCAUAUUAUCUUAAUAUUAAAUUUAACAUAAGAAGACAAAUGAUUAAUGAAUUGAAAAAUGGGAAGGAAUUUGAUCAUCCAGAUGAAUAUUGGACCUUAUAUGAAAUGUAUAAAUAUAAUGAAAUGCUGCAAAAUAAAUACUUAUCAUCAGAUAAUAAAUUUGAUUUAGACAAUAUUGAAAAGACAUAUUGGGAUAUUAUUAACAAUAAAAAGAAUGAAGAUGUCAUAUCUGUUUAUGGUGCUGAUUUACCUGUAAAAAGAAAUCAACCUACCUGUAUAUUUCCGAACAAAUAUAAAUCAAAUAUAUCCAUGACUAAAAAUACAUCGAAUGGUAUAAUAAAAAGUGGGGGAAAUAAAAUAAUCAAGAAAAAUACAGCAAAUAAAAUUAAUGAAAAUAACAAAAAUGAAGAACCUAUUAAUAAUAAUAAGAAGAAAAAUAAGAAAAAUAAAAAACAUAAUAAUAUAUAUAACAAUUCUGUUCAAAACAAUAUUGAUGAAAUUGUUAUUGAUUCGGAUGAAGAUGAGCAUGUAAAAUCUGUUAAAAAAAUUGCAUGCUGUCCGAAGAAAAUAAAAGAAAAUCAAAAAAAAACUAGCUAUACUAUAAGCAAGGAAAAAGUACUUCAGAAAGAUACAAAUGAAAUUAUUGAGGUUAUAAAUAUAUUAGAUACUGAUAAUGAAGAGGAUCAUGGUGCUUAUAAAAUAGAAAGUCAUGUAAUAAAAUCUAAUGGGAAUAAUAUAAAGCAAACUAAAAAUAAUACAAAUUAUUAUAAUAUAAAAGAAUGCGAUAAUAAUAAUAGUAAUAAUAUGCAUAAUGAUAAAAGGUGUGACAAUAAUAUAAAUAACAUUGUUGCUUGCAAAAAGAAUGAUAAUGUUAGAAAGGAUUAUAACUUUUUAGAACGAAAAAAUAAUUAUUUUUGUGAAAUUAAUGAUAUUAUUAGUAAUAUUAGUGAAAACAUGAAUAUAAAGUCAUUACCAUUUAUACGAGGUUCUAUGUUAAGAAAUAUAGAUAUUUUAAUUGAAGGUGUAAAUAUUCCUUGGUUAUAUAUUGGAACAUUAUUUUCUACUUUUUGUUGGCAUACCGAAGAUAACUAUUUUGCUUCUAUUAAUUAUCAGCAUUGGGGUCAACCCAAAAUAUGGUAUGUUAUACCUCCUCAUUAUAGUGACAAGGUAGAAGAUGUAAUAUAUGAAUAUUUAAGAGAAAAUAGUAAAAUAAAUAUAAAUAAUAAUAAUAAUAAUAAGGGUGGAACGUCAUAUAUGGGUGCAGGUAGACGAAGAAGGGGAAAGUAUUUUAGAAAAAGGAAAUUUUCUAUGCCCUUACACAAUAGAAAUAAUAGGAAAUCAUCAAGUGCUAUAAGAAAUGAAAUGAACGUAAAAAAUAAUAGUACAAAUAUUGACAUUGAUAUUAAUAGUAAUAGUAAUAAUAAUAAUAAUAAUAAUAAUAAUAAUAAUAAUAAUAACUAUAAUUAUUAUAAUAAUAGGAAUAAUUCUUUAAAUUUAUGUAAUAGAAAUAAUAAUGAAAAAGAUUAUAUUUAUUUUGAAGCAGAUAAAAAUAAUAAAUAUAACUUUUUAAAUGUAAACAUUAAUGAUGUAGAUUUAAUAUAUACUGAUCCAUAUUUAAAAUAUAAAAUUGUAGAUAAAGAUGAAAUAGAUUCCAAGAAAGAAAAUAAUAAGAAUAAAAUAUAUAAAUUAACAAUUCAAAUACCUGUAGAGGUAUUUUUAAAAAAUAAUAUUCCAGUAUAUAAAAAUAUUCAAAGAAAAAAUGAAUUUAUAUUUUUAUGGCCAAAGACAUUUCAUGGUGGUUUUAAUUCUGGUUAUAAUUGUAAUGAAGCAUGUAAUAUUGCUCCAACCUUUUGGUUAUUUUUUGGACUUCAAUCUUAUUAUAAUUAUAAAUAUUAUAGAAAUACUUGUAUAUCUAUUCAUUUUAUAUUAUUCUCAAAUUUAUUACAUUUCCAUGAAUAUACUUUCAGUCAAUUAAAACAUAUUAUAUAUUCAUUAAGGUAUAUUUUAUUAGAUGAACAUCGAUUUUUUUGUGAAAAUCAAUCCAUGUAUAUUGAUUUAAAUCUUCAGCAUGAUGUACUUUUAAAUAAAAAAAUUGUUAAUUAUUCUAAUUUUGUCUCAUUAGAUCUAGUUAAAAUAUAUUACAAUUUCGAAAAACAUAAAAAUAGCCAUUUCUUUCAAAGUGUUAAGAGUAAAUUACAAUUUUUUUACAAAGAUUGUGACGCAUGCAACUCUCCCACCUUCAACAGUGCCGUUAUAUGUCCACAUUCGAACGAUAUUGUUUGUAUACAUUGUUAUGAUGAACAUGCUUGUAGCUGUAAAUAUAG